AUGGCGCUCAGCGAUGCAGAUGUUCAAAAACAGAUCAAGCACAUGAUGGCCUUCAUCGAACAAGAGGCCAAUGAAAAGGCCGAAGAAAUCGAUGCUAAGGCCGAAGAGGAGUUCAACAUUGAAAAGGGCCGUUUGGUCCAACAGCAAAGGUUGAAGAUCAUGGAAUACUAUGAGAAGAAGGAGAAACAAGUUGAACUCCAAAAGAAAAUCCAGUCAUCAAACAUGCUGAACCAAGCUCGUCUGAAGGUACUUAAAAUACGUGAAGACCAUGUACGCAGUGUACUGGACGAGGCCCGCAAACGCCUGGCUGAAGUUCCCAAUGACACCAAGCUGUACUCAGACCUUCUUGUCACACUCAUGGUUCAGGCUCUAUUCCAACUUGUUGAACCAUCUGUGACUAUCCGUGUUAGACAAGCAGACAAGGCCCUUGUAGAAUCCCUCUUUGCCAAAGCCCAGCAGGACUACAAGGAAAAAAUCAAGAAGGAUGUACAGUUGAAGCUUGAUGCAGACAACUUCCUUUCACCUGAUACCUGUGGUGGAAUUGAACUUAUUGCUGCUAGGGGACGCAUCAAGAUUUCCAACACUUUGGAGUCCCGGAUGGAGCUGAUCGCUCAGCAGCUGCUGCCGGAGAUCCGUACCGCUCUGUUCGGACGCAACCCUAACCGUAAAUUCUCCGACUAG